UUCAGAUUCCUGUGGUGAGACCGGAAUUACUAAAGUAUUGUAUUGCUGGAGUACAUAUCAAAGGCUAUUUUCUUAACAUACAAAGGUAUGACUCUGACUUCCAACCAGCUGAUGAUGAAAAUGGGUUUAGAUUUUCGAAAACUGCUUUUCCAGUAGAUGACGAGAUUGAUAUGAACGUUCCCUUAUUGCAGGUAACUAGAUCAAAACAUUUCCGUCAAGGCACACAUGGAAUGCUUCCCGUUCUCCAGUACUCCGCUGAGGGGAAAAUUAUUGUUAAAUCGAUUGUAAAACAUCAGCAUAAUUCAAUGAAAGAAGUAAUAGGAUUGGUUCAUAUACAGAACACAGGAAUAUCACCUGCUGUGUACUUAAUCAUAGAGACAGAUGAUAGGUAUGGUAUCUACAUGGAAAUGGUAUCCCCUGGGGUAACCCUUGAAGAUGUUAUAAAAUUCAUACCGGAUAUAAAUCCCCAAAUAAGUAUUAAGUUUGUGCAUUAUAUUUUGCACCAGCUUGUCAAAUAUAUCAACGUGAUAUGGGAUAAACGUUGGAGUCAUAAAGAUUUACAUGCAGGGAAUAUCUUAAUAGCAGAAAGUAACCAAUGUGUUGAUAUAAGGAUCACCGACUUCGGUAAUGCGACCGAAAUAGAUGAAAGUACAUAUGAAUAUAUCAGUAGAGAUGUUAUUGGUAUAUAUGAUAUACUAUCGAUGCUGUUAAAAGAACACCCCGAAAUUGAUUUCGGACUUAAAGAAUAUGAAAAAAAGAGAGUAGAGUUUUUGUCUAAGCAGAAAGUUAUGGAACUUAUGAGAACAGUUACUUAUUUGGCAGAGGAAUUUGUGAAAAGUCAUGCUGCAAAUAAGGACAUACUUCAGUUGAUAUCUAAAUGUAAAGCGGAUUAUGUACACCAUAGAAAUAAUCAGACAAGAACAGGAGAAGAUGAAAACUCCAAUGUCAGAAGGUGUUUGAGCUUUAUCUGUGGUAUGGAUUGUGUUAAUUUGUAAAGACCGUUUUGUUAGCGAAAGGAUAAAAACCAUUGUACCGGAAAUGCAGACAUUUUAUUUUAUAUGAUGGCAAUGGGGACACGAAUGGUCGAUUUAUUUACAUUAAUGAAAACCCGUUAUAGGGUAUGCGAUUGUAGCUACGAGAAACAAUGUAAACAAUAAUUACAAGCACCUACGUCACUUGUUCAUCGUUGGACGGAUGUAUAAUUGUUUAUUAUUUCAUAUUUAAAAAGUUUAACUAUAUUACAUAUUAAUAAAUUAAAGUAAUUUUCGAAUUUUCAUAA